GGCCCCUUGAGGUGCUGGAGCCUGGACGCUCUGCCCAGCAGGAACAGGGAGACGGGGACAAAUGGCUUCCUCUCGGCUCAGCCCAUAGGCGCGUUCAUUUCAGAAUGGCUGUGGAGGAACUUCAGAGCAUAAUAAAAAGAUGCCAAAUCCUAGAGGAGCAUGAUUUUAAAGAAGAGGAUUUUGGCCUCUUCCAGUUAGCAGGCCAAAGAUGCAUCGAGGACGGGCAUGUAGACCAGUUGCUGGAAAUUAUUCAAGACGAAAAGAACAAGACCGUCAUCAAGUCCAUGGGCUGGAAUCUUGUUGGUCCUGUUGUCCGCUGCCUCCUGAGGAACGGGGAAGAGGAUGAGAGGAAGGACUGUUUGCUGGUGUUUGACUUACUAGUGCAGUUAUGUAACCCAAAGGAAUUGUUGUUGGGUUUGCUUGAACUCAUUGAAGAGCCCUCUGGAAAACAGAUUUCCCAAACUAUUCUUCUUUUACUUCAACCACUACAGACAGUUAUUCAGAAGCUCCCCAACAAGGUGUACUCAGUUGGAUUGGCAUUGUCCACCCUGUGGAGUCAACUGUCUCUUCUCCCUGUGCCGUACUCUAAGGAACAGAUACAGACAGAUGAUUAUGGCCUUUGUCAGUGCUGCAAGGCCUUAACAGAGUUUAUGAGACCUUUUGUGGAAGAAGCCACUGAUAACAAAGAAAACAAGGAAAAUGAAAAGUUAAAAGAUGAAUUGCUAAAGUUCUGUUGCAAGUGCUUGAAGUGCCCUUUGCUGACAGCGCAAUUCCUUGAACAGUCUGAAGAAGUUGGAAAGGACCCUUUUUGGAGUUUUGCAUCUGAAAUAAUAGGAUUUUUAUCAGAAAUUGGACACCCUGUCCCCCAAAUUAUUCUUAAUCAUGGAAGGAAAAAAAGGACAUGGGGUUGCCUUGAGUUGGAGGAAGAAGAAGACAGACAGUUGGCAGACUCUGUGGCCUCUCUGACAUACCUAGUAUUUGUUCAGGGCAUCGGUAUUGAUCAGCUUCCAAUGGUCUUAAGCCCGUUGCAUCUUUUGCAGCUGAACAUGGAACACAUUGAAGUGCUUCUGCAAAGAACAGAACAGUCUGUUUUCUCAAAAGGAUUGGAACUUCUGGAGAACAGCUUACUGAGAUUAGAAGACAACAGCCUCCUCCAUCGGUACUUAGAAAUCAAGAGUUUUCUCGCUGUGCCUCAGGGCUUAGUCAAAGUAAUGACACUUUGCCCCAUUGAGACAUUGAGGAAAAAGGGCUUGGCUUUGCUCCAGCUGUACAUCGACAAGUUGGAUUCACAAGGCAAACACACAUUAUUUAGGUGCUUAUUAAAUACAAGUAAUCACUCCGGUGUGGAAGGCUUCGUAAUUCAAAAUAUCAAAAAUCAGAUUGAUGCGUCAUUUAAGAAAACAUCUAACAAAUGGUUUGUAGGCCCUCAACUGAUUUCGCUGUUGGACUUGGUACUGUUCCUCCCCGAGGGUGCUGAAACAGACUUACUGCAGAACUCAGAUAGGAUUAUGGCUUCAUUAAAUUUAUUGAGGUAUUUGGUUAUCAAAGAUAAUGAAAAUGACAAUCAAACUGGAUUAUGGACAGAACUUGGAAAGAUUGAAAAUAAUUUUUUAAAGCCACUUCAUAUAGGACUUAAUAUGUCAAAAGCACAUUAUGAAGCAGAAAUUAAAAACAGCCAACGAAACAGCCAAGCAGCAGCCUCGACGUGCAAAGGCGUCUGCUCUGUGACUGUAGGUGGAGAAGAAAUCCCUGCUAUGCCUCCUGAAAUGCAACUUAAGGUCCUGCAUUCAGCUCUUUUCACAUUUGACUUGAUUGAAAGUGUUCUAGCUCGAGUAGAAGAACUCAUUGAAAUCAAAACAAAGUCUACCUCUGAAGAAAACAUUGGAAUAAAGUAAAAAUUCUGCUUCAUAAAUAAAAAUCAAUAAGAUGAUGUUUCCAGUAUGUUUUACAAUGUCAAAAAAUUAUUUGCAGGAACACAGGAACUUACUUCUAGAAAAAUACAGUUGGGGGCUUGUCAGUUUCUGAUAUACAGAUGCGUGGUCCACAGCCUUCACCUCCCAGAGCCUGGAGGGAUGGCACAGUCUGGCCGCUUUUCCAGGCACCCAUGUGAUACACACACACAGGCAGGCAAAACAUCCAUACACAUAAAAUAAUUUUCUUAAAAAGUACUUCUUUAGAAGAUUCGAUACAAACUAAUUUGUUUUAUAACAUCAAAAAAAUAUAGUCAAAAUGCUUUAUUUGUCCACAUACUGUACCAAUUAUUUUCUCUUUGCUUUUCGAGUGUUUAUAGCAAGGGCCUAUAUAUGCCCGAGUAGCACUGUCCCACACAACUACACUCCAAAAUAUUAAAGGAAUCGCUCAACCAAACUCCCAAAAUAAAAUCAUGUUUAAUUGUAUACAUAUUAUUUUAAAUAUAAAUGGUCUUAAAUAGA